GUCUUGUCCCCGGAUUGCCGACGUGCACCGUGCUUCCGAGCAGGACGUGCUCGAGGCAUUGAAACUUUCGGCAUUGAAGGUUAAAGAGGCCAAUGGCCGCAACUGGCUCUCUCGGACCCAGCCCCUACCUGAGUUGGAGGUGUCCCGAUCAGAGAAACCUGAGCAGCUGCAUGACGACGUAGAUCAGGAGGAGGACUGCGCAGACUGCGACGAUGUCCUGGACGAGACCCCUGACGAGGACGCACGGAUAUUCUGCGAGCAGCGGUGGCAGGAAGCUGAAGCAGACAUCGUCACCACCGAGAGUUCGAAGGCCGCGGACCUGGAGCUGCUCCGGGUUCUGGGCGCCCAGGAGGAGGCUGGUGCGGACAGUGACUCCGGCUCCGAUGGCUGCGAUGGCUCCGGCAGGGAGCUCCAAGCCGUUCCCGCGGAGCCUACAAGCACAGCCGUGCAGGCGUCUGAGGAUCCUUACCUGUAG